AUGGCCAACUACCCCUACAACCAUCCUGCCUCCCAGUGGGGUCCACCUGCAUUCUCAGGCCAGCAAACUCGUCAACAACCGUUUGCCGCUCCAUCUGGCCCCCCACCCCCGCAAUGGCAACCGCCACCAGUCCCCCCUCCAGGUUUUGGUGGCGGCUGGCAACCACCAACAGGCCCACCACCUCCGACGAACGACCAUGCAAGACCCUAUCCUGGCCAUUACGGCCACGGUAACCCUCCGACAUCAUAUCCGCAAGCAUACAAUCAAGGACCACCAGGUGCUCACUAUCAACCGCCCCAAGCUACCCGAGGGGAACCGUACUUUCAAUAUUCGAAUUGUACCGGUCGUCGCAAAGCGCUAUGCAUCGGCAUAAACUAUGUUGGCCAAACUGGUGAACUCAGGGGAUGUCACAACGACGCUCUGAAUAUGCAGAAGUUCUUGAUCGAAAGAUACAACUAUAAACAAGAGGACAUGGUUAUCCUCCUCGAUACGCCGGGUGCUAAUGCCAGACAGGUCCCGACCAGAGCUAACAUAAUCUCUGCUAUGCAGUGGCUUGUAUCCAAUGCUCAACCUAACGACUCCCUCUUCUUUCAUUUCAGUGGUCAUGGCGGCCAAACCGAAGAUUUGGACGGUGACGAAGACGACGGGUUCGACGAAGUGAUCUAUCCGCUCGAUCAUAAACAAGCGGGCCACCUUGUCGAUGACGAUAUGUUUGCUAUAAUGGUAGCUCCAUUACCACCUGGCUGUCGACUGACUGGAAUCUUCGAUUCUUGCCAUUCUGGUACCGCACUGGACUUGCCAUAUGUCUAUUCGACGGAAGGAAAGAUCAAAGAACCCAAUCUUUUGGCCGAAGCUGGACAGGGUGCACUGCAAGCAGGGCUAUCAUAUAUGCGUGGUGAUCUUGGUGGAGUUGCCAAGGGCCUGAUGGGUCUGGGCAAGAAAGUGAUGUCUGGAAACAAGGCGGAUAAGAUUUCCAAAGCCACCCGGACCAGUCCCGCAGAUGCGAUCCAAUGGAGUGGAUGCAAAGACUCUCAAACCAGUGCUGAUGCAGUCGAAGCUGGAUCAGCUACCGGAGCCAUGUCAUACGCUUUCAUCACCUCCUUGACUCAGGCCCCUCAACAAACUUACCAGCAACUCUUAGUGUCUAUCCGACAGAUCUUGGCCAACAAAUACUCGCAAAAGCCACAACUCUCGGCAUCCCAUCCUAUCGAUACCAAUCUCAUGUUCGUCAUGUGA